AUGGAAGGGACAGUAGCUGCAGCUGGAUUUGUAAAAGAACUUGGUUUUGAAUUUUGUGGUGGAUUUGAACUUGCUCCUCGUAGGCAGACACAAUUGGGUUUCACAUUCUAUUUCCCAGUAAAGCAGGUGAAUGACACAAUUGGCACAUUAACUCGUGGUAGAUACUUCAAUAAUGACGUCAUUGUUGUUGUGAUAUUGGGUACUGGAACAAACUCAUCAUAUAUGGAGUGUGCACAUGGGAUUCCCAAGUGGCAUGGACUUUUACCCAAAUCAAGAGAGAGUCGAGAGAUAGUUAUCAACAUGGAGUGGGGAAACUUCCGGUCAUCACAUUUUCGUCUAACAGAAUAUGAUCAUUCUUUGGAUCUCGAGAGUCUAAAUGUUGGUGAUCAGUAUACAUGUGGUGCUCGUCUCUCCGCUGCAGGGAUUUAUGUUAUCUUGAAGAAAUUGGGAAGAGACGUGGUGAAAGAAGGUGAAAAGCAACAUAAGACUGUGAUAGCAAUGAAUGGAGGUUUAUUUGAAAACUACAAGAAAUUUAGCCAGUGUUUAGAGGACUCACUAAAGGAAUUAUUAGGAGAUGAAGCUGCAUAA